CAGACAACUUCGCUCGCUCACUUCACUCUACUUGCCAUUGCUUUCUACUCACUCUGACUCGGUCCAGUCGUCGCUCGCCGCUCGCCGCCGGCGAUCCGUUCGUGCCUUCCGCAUUUCCGCUGCCGUUCUCCCCGGUCGCUCAUCUGUAAGUCUCCGCUUACUGUUUCUGCUCGUCUCUGUUUAGAUACCUGGAUAAGGGAAGGGAACAAUGGUGCGCUGUGUUUCCACUUUCCGAUUGCGAUUCUCUUCGAAGUUUUUUGUGUAUUCUUCCGAUUCUUUCUCGGAAUCCAAUCAGUAUUCUGUUGUGCUCUUGCUCUUGUUAGAAGGUAGCUAAAAUUGCGACGAGCAUUAUCGUCGAACUUAAUUGAUUCUCAGAUCUGCUCUCGAUUGCGGUUUAUUUACAGAGAAUUAGGUCAAUUAGGCUCCGAUUUCUUCGUCUUCUCCUUCUACCAGUGCUUUAUACGUCAAUGGAUGUUAUGAUUGGACUCUGAACCCGCUCAUCUGGUGUUUGGUCUACAGAAAACCCUAGAAAAUGAGAGAAAUCUUGCACAUCCAAGGAGGUCAGUGCGGGAACCAGAUCGGUUCCAAGUUCUGGGAAGUCGUUUGCGAUGAGCACGGCAUUGACCCCACCGGCAGGUACGUCGGGACCUCCGAUCUGCAACUGGAGCGUGUCAACGUCUACUACAACGAAGCAUCAUGUGGACGGUUUGUUCCCCGUGCUGUGCUCAUGGAUCUCGAGCCUGGGACCAUGGACAGCGUGAGGACUGGUCCCUAUGGCCAGAUCUUCAGGCCUGACAACUUCGUCUUCGGCCAAUCUGGUGCUGGUAACAACUGGGCCAAAGGUCACUACACUGAGGGCGCUGAGCUCAUUGAUUCGGUUCUGGAUGUUGUCCGAAAGGAGGCUGAAAACUGCGACUGUCUUCAAGGUUUCCAAGUAUGCCACUCUCUCGGUGGAGGAACUGGAUCAGGAAUGGGAACCCUGUUGAUCUCCAAGAUAAGGGAGGAAUACCCAGACAGAAUGAUGCUUACCUUCUCUGUCUUCCCAUCCCCUAAGGUUUCCGAUACAGUGGUUGAGCCAUACAAUGCCACCCUCUCUGUGCAUCAGCUGGUCGAGAAUGCCGAUGAAUGUAUGGUGCUUGAUAACGAGGCAUUGUACGAUAUCUGCUUCAGAACUCUCAAGUUGACCACUCCCAGCUUUGGAGAUCUGAACCAUCUGAUCUCUGCAACAAUGAGCGGCGUCACAUGCUGCCUGCGCUUCCCCGGCCAGCUCAACUCCGACCUCAGGAAGCUGGCGGUGAACCUGAUCCCAUUCCCGCGUCUCCACUUUUUCAUGGUCGGGUUUGCUCCCCUGACCUCCCGCGGGUCGCAGAUGUACCGUGCCCUGACUGUCCCGGAGCUGACCCAGCAGAUGUGGGACUCCAAGAACAUGAUGUGCGCCGCCGAUCCACGCCAUGGAAGGUACCUCACCGCCUCGGCCAUGUUCAGGGGCAAGAUGAGCACCAAGGAAGUGGACGAGCAGAUGAUCAACGUGCAGAACAAGAACUCGUCCUACUUCGUGGAGUGGAUCCCCAACAACGUGAAGUCCAGUGUCUGCGACAUCCCACCGCGCGGCCUGUCGAUGGCGUCGACGUUCGUGGGGAACUCGACCUCGAUCCAGGAGAUGUUCAGGAGGGUGAGCGAGCAGUUCACUGCCAUGUUCAGGAGGAAGGCUUUCUUGCAUUGGUACACCGGGGAAGGGAUGGACGAGAUGGAGUUCACCGAGGCGGAGAGCAACAUGAAUGAUCUGGUGUCGGAGUAUCAGCAGUACCAGGACGCGACCGCCGACGAGGAGCUGGAUUACGAGGAAGAGGAGGAAGAAGGUGAUGAACUGUAAGUUUGGGGAAAUGAAGAGCGCAGAGUUGGUGGAGAGGGAAAUGAUCUAGUACUUGUUUGCGCCGAGACUGGGAAGCAUAUGAUAUUUGGUAUGUGAAAUAUUUUGGCCGUCCGUCUAUGUCUGUCCUGUUACUUUGACUCUAUGCGUUUUGAUGUUCUUCGUUCUUUGUCAUUUUCUCGUUUUAUGAUGUUGUAAUCGUGUUUGAAGCGUUUUGAUCAUCAAUGUGGAGUUUUCAUUUUACUCUGAGGAAAGCCAGAACAGAUUGAAUCUGGCAGAGGAUGAAGGGAUAUUAAAGUUUUUUAUUUAUUAUUAACAUUUAAAAUUAAUGUGUUUUUGGGUUAUGUGUGGUUUAAAGUUUAAACCGACACCAUUGUUGUUGUGGUGUUGUGGGCACGGGGUUGAGAUUGGAAUCGGGAAGACGACAGCAGCAGCGUUGUGUGGGUGUUAAAGAUUGCGGGUGGGCCAGCUAAUGGAGGAUGUGGACAUUGCAUCUUCAAAUUAACGUGGUGAUCCAUUAUUGUCAUGUGAUUGUUGUACCCCCAAACGAAAAAGAUAUAUUGUUGUUGCCCGAGAACCAACGAUAUAUUGCCACAUGUGGUGACGUAUUGGGUCGGGUCUCGGGUGGAUAUUAUUUUCCUUUUGAGAAGUUUUUUUUAUUUUAAAAUUCGACAAAUUGUUUCGUCUUGAACGGUAAAGAAUUUAAAAUAUAUUAAAACAGUGAGAUGAUGAGUUAUAAAAAAAUUGGGGUAAAUUGUAAGGUUGAUCACUGAGGAUACUAAAAACGUUCAUGUUUGGUCACUAUAAAUAUUUAAUUUCAAUAAUGAUCACUAAAUUUAGUAAAACAGUUCAAGUUUAGUCACUCUCCGUCCAUCUCCGUUAACGAAAACCGUUAUGUGCUGAGUGUGGCAGACAGAAUCAUCCAAUCAACCUAAUUAAACCCUAAAAUAAUGAGACAUGACCCCGCCACGUACUAACCCCCGCCACGUCUUCUUGCCCAGCCCAAUCCAACCCUUUAACCAAACCCAACCCAAUAACCGACCCACUCAAGCCCCAAACCUCCGACUUCUUUCGCAGCUGAGAUGAACACGCAACAGCUUGCUCCAUCUCCCUUUCCUCUGCUUCUUAUCGGAUCGACCAGCACCUCCGAUUAAAGCCAACAUGGCUCCCGUCCCUGGACAAAUAAGAGGAUUUGGCGGCGGUUCUGGUGCGAUUGGAGAGAUAAUGAACGACGGGAGAGAGAAGAUCCGUGUCGCGACUCCACUCCUCCAUUCUAGUUCACGACGACACAUAGAGUAAUAAUCGACGGCGGCGAGUACGACUAUCAGAGAGGGGUCGAGGGAAGAUAGAGAACUGGGAAUCCGAAUCGUUGGGUGGGGGUGCAUGGAGGCCGAGACGCGGAAUCAACGGAGGAGAACGGCGAGAGAGGGAUUUGAGGGGAAGGAGCCAGGGGCAUAAAUAAAAGAGAUGAGA